GCUGGGUGCAGUCACCAAGGCAGACGGGCAGGGGCGGAAGGAGGCUGGGCAGGUGACAGGGUGGCCGGGCCACAGCGUGCCCCAGGGGGCCUGGCUGGUGAAGAAAAAAGAAGCGUGCCUAUACUCUGCCGCGAGGCGCUGGCCAGACUCCAUCCGUGCCAAGUCCCCUCCGAGCCAGCGCCGGGGACUCCGGAGGCACCAGGAGGAGGAAGGUACAGGCGGCGUGCGGUGAGGAUGGACGCAUGCCACCGACGUGUGCCAAUGGCUGCACGCGCCAAACACCCACCCACAAAACCCCACGAUCGCUGGCAGCCGUGGCUGGAGGCGGCCGCCGUUGGCAGAGGAGCCGGGGAGGGCAGGUGGAUCCCAGCAGCGGCAGCGCAGGUAAAGGGUUCGGGCUUGAGUGCUGUGGGUACCUGGCACCUUCAUUGGGUGCCAGAGGCCGGGGUCGGAUCACAGCCUGGCUCUGGGUUGCAGGGCGUGGCAGCGUUGAGGAGGGCUGAGUCCCACGGGGGGUCUGGGCCAGCCUGGUAGGCGACGCCUCCUCCCAGCUCCCCCAGCGCUGCCCUGGGGCAUGUUUGCCUGGGCGUGCUUGGCCCUUGUCCUCCAGGGAGCUAGGCUGGGCGGGCUGGGUGGGGCCAGCACGGGAUGCCCAUGGGGGCUGCGUGUUGGGCUUUCCUCUGGGGUCUCAUGGCUUUGUCACCUCCGCCUGAUGCACUGGGGCUCCCAGGGCCAGCGCCCCAGAUGGUCCCUGAAUGUUGGGUGCACUCCCCAGGCAUGGGCUGGCAGGGUAGGCUGCAGGGUGGCACCUCAGGGUCCAGGGUUCCUGCGGAGCACGCCUGCCCUCCCUCCCAUCUUCCCAGAGCCCCCUGCCCCACCUCUUGCAACCUGGCUGUGCGGAAGGAUGGGAUGGACGCCAAAUGUGCCGUAGCAGGAGUGUGGGUGGCGGUGCCCCGAGCCCGGCCGCUGAGAACGGGAAGGAGCCUGGGGUGAGGGACUCCCCAACAGCUGCAAGGCAAAGUGCUGCUGCCCUUCCCACAAUUACAGGCGGGCAGAAAGAGCUGGGGGCCGUGGGAGGGGGGAUUUUCAACUUUAGAAAGGUGGGCAGCCCCCAGGUGGGCUGGCGUGGAGCUGGCAGGGCUGGGAGUGUUAGUCCGGGUGUCUGGCUGUGGCCCCUCGGGGUGAUCCAUGGCAAGCAGCAUCAGCUGGCAGAGGCUGGCACAGACCCACGCCCUGGCAGGGGCACGGCACAGAGGGGCCCUGGUCAUGUGGGGGAUCCAUGCUGGCCGCCAUCCCAGCCAUUGCUCUGGUCAGCCAGUCCAGUCCCAGAAAGAAGGUUCCAACUGAGGGGUGAUGGGAGCACAUGGGCAGGGCUGGGGGAGAGGCAGCGGGUGGCCGGGAGGAGGCUGGGCUCGAGGACUUUAAAAAUCCAAGCCUGGAGCCUGGCUGGCCCACAGGAGCCUCCACCCUGAAGGGGCUAGGAGGGGGCUCGGAGGCCAAGGUCAGGAUCCUGGGCUGGGCUGAGGGGCAGGGAGGGCUGAGGGAGGUGGAGGAGGGCAGCAGCGGUCUGGUCCAGAUGCCCAGGGGUCAGGGCAGAGGCCGGGGACACAGAGUCCUGGGGUCAGGGCAGAGGUUGGGGACACAGAGUCCCGGAGUCUGAGCAGAAGCUGGGGACACAGGGUCCUGGUGUCAGGGAAGAGAUGGGGGACACAGGGUCCUGGUGUUGGGCAGAGGUUGGGGACACAGGGACCUGGGGUCAGGGAAGAGAUGGGGGACACAGGGUCCUGGUGUUGGGCAGAGGUUGGGGACACAGGGUCCUAGGGUCAGGGAAGAGAUGGGGGACACAGGGUCCUGGGGUCUGGGUUAUGCUUCAGAACUUUGGGGCAAGGCUCAGAGCCACACAGAGGCCCAGCCUCAGAGGUCCUGGGGGCGGGAAUGGGGCGGGGCUCCAAUGAUUGGCUGCCCUCAGCUUCCUUUUCCUCUUGAGCCCACAGUCCCGGGAGGCUUCAGCCUGACGCCGGCCAGCACUUCACAACAGGGGCUUUCCAUUCCAAGUCCUGAUGUGGGGGCGCCGUGGGGGGCAAUGCCCGGUGGACCUUGGCACAGUAAGCGUCCCUAACAGGUGUCUGGACACAGUCCUGCACCCACUGCCCUCUUCCGGCGUGGCCAAGCAUGGGUGCUGGUGGCAUAAACACUCAGGCUGCCAGACUCGGGGACAACAGCGUCCCUGGCCCCUCAGGCUCAGGGCAGGGCGCACACAUUCUAGGAUUCCCAGAGAAGACUCGGGUGGGCGAGGUGCCGGCUGGAACCCUGGCCUGGGGUCUGCGCUGGGCGUGGGGGUGGCAGCAGCUAUGGGUUCCUGGUCUCAGCCGUGAGGACAGUGGUGUGAGUGGGUGCCCCAGGCCAUGGGCCUGGGUGGGAAGGGUCAGCAGGUGGCUGUCGGGGAGCGAGGAGGUCGGUCCUGCCGUCACCCCCACGUCACCCACAGGUGCACCCGCGUGGGGAUGGUUUUGGUCAGGAGAGCAGGCUGGCCGGCCCACAGCAGUAACAGUGGACGCCGGAGGGGACCCUCUGCCUGCCGCAGCCCCCCUCCCUCCGCCUCUGAGUUUCACAGUUCCUGCUUCCCGCUCUGGCUCAGAGCCCCCAAGAGACUGCUGCCAGAUGUUCCCGGCGGCCCCACAUCGCCUCCCUAAUGAAAUAUUCAUGGGACCUUUCUGCCUCUUGACAUAAAGCCUUCCGCAGCUCCACACACCAUGGAGAUGGGGCCGGCCUCCCAACAAGCCCAGGAAGGAGUGGGCACCCGGCCAGCCCCACCCCCUGUGCCAACUCUGGGUGCCCACUCCCAGUGCGCCAACCCCAGCUGCCCACUGUGCCUCCCGAGACAGAGGCUGGGCCUCCGCCUCCCUUUUGCCCUGCUAAGGGUCAGGGGUCCGGCUGCCUACACCCCCGUCUGCCUCCUGAGAGCCCAGUGCCAGCUGUGUGGGCACAUCAGCCCUGGGGCUGGGCUCUGGAGGGAGGACAGCCGCCACGCGGCACAGGAGGGAGCCAGAGCCACCCUCACAGGCCUGGGGAGGACAAGCUCUAACUCUCUCUUCCUUCAGUACCUUGGCGGCCGACAGCUCCCUACCCCAUGCCAGCAAGGCUGGGCUCCUGCAGCCCACCUCACCCCUUGCUGUGUGGCGGCUAGCCUGGCCUGGCCUCGCAGUGACCUGCUGUCAUCUGUCCACGCCUCUGUCCAUGUGCUCAUGCACCCGGUGCCGGCAGGGAGCCGGCUCGCACCAGGUCCAGUGCAUGGAGACCAGACUUCAUGCCCAGCCCCGCGCUCCGGGUGUUCACGCACCCCCAGCCAGGCAGUGAGGGCGGAGGACCUCGGGCCAGGGCUGGUGAGGCCAAGAAGGACGAGGUGGACAGGUUUCCAGGGGCCUGGGAGCUGUGUGAGGAGUAAAAAGGGGCCAGGCUGCGAGUUCCUCACAGAGGGGACCUUUGUGCCCCAGGUCAAAGGAGAGGGGGUCCGGCCCAGGCCAGCCUUUGCUCAGUCCACAGGCCCUGUCUGGCUCUGCCGGGCCUCCUCACAGCCCUGGGCUGCAGGUGGUGGCCACAGUGAGGCCCCUCUGGGUCAGAGUCUGCCCCACAUGGGGUGCCCUCUCUGGGUGGCUAGCCCUGGGCUCCCCUCUGGCUGUGCAGGGCCGGCCUCAGCUGUGAGGAGCCCAGCGGGCUUGCUGGGGGCCGCAGGGUUGCCCUGGCCUCUGGGACUCCCACGCCCUCCUUGCUCCUGGCCUCGGGUCAAGCCUUUGUCUUCAGUGGGCAUCUCAACCUUAACUGUCACCUAGAGCGGCAGGGAAAGGGUUACACGACCAUUCACAGAGGCACUCAGCCUCCGCAUUAGGGGAGAGAGACCUGAAGAGAGACCACGUUGCUUCCCUGAGGCGACCAGCGGGAUGGGCCAGAGCCAGGAAGGAGGCUGCCAUGUGUGUCCUGGAGCCCACGGCCAGCACAAGCAGCCGGGACCCUCCCGGGAGCCAGCUCCCUGUCCAGGAUGCCCCAGCUCUCCUGAGCUCACUGACCAGGGAUUUGGCCAGUGCCCCUCCCCCAUGAGGCCGCCUUGCGCCCUGAGCUGCUGGGGGGUAAGAACUCUGCCUGUGGUGUAGAAAUAAAGCACAUUCCACAGAACAAAUGGUGUCAAUUUGCAGCAGCGCCGCA